UUUCACUGAAGCACUUCAUGUCCAGAGGCUUCGUCACUUAUUUUCUUGCAGCUGAAGAGGAGCAGCAUUUUAGUAAAAGAGAAUUUAUUCUGUGUGUUUGAACAUGAAACGCUGCAGAAAGCAGAGACGACGGAGUGAGAAAUGGCUAAACAGAACAGAUUUGCAGCUUUAAAGUCUGGAGCGACAGACUGAGUCAUGUCUCCUGCUGAGAGGAUGAAGGUGCUCGUCUUCUUGGCGUUGUUCUUCGGAGCGUUGGGGUCUCUGUUCACGCUGCUCUGCUGUGGGACGGAGUACUGGCUGCUGGCUGCUGAGUCCUGCAGCCGGAAGCAGGAACACCAUGGAGGAGCUGACCUUAGAGAGGGGAAGAGCACCAAGGCUGUGAGGAUCUUCCAUGAGGGUUUGUUCUGGCGCUGCUCCUUCACGGCUGUUUCACAACAACUCUCUAUGUGGGACCUUUGGAUCUCAAAUCAGCCGUCAUCAAAGGUGUGCCAGGCCGCUUUCCUCUUCCCGUUUCCUGUUUAUGAGCCACACGGUUUCCUCACAGAACCGUAUGAACAUCACUCCGCUAUUGUUUUUAGGACCUUCUGGAGCAUCUUCCUCAUCGCAGGCGUGGCGGCUGUCGCCAUUGGUGGAUUUGUGGUCGUCUGUGCCGCCCCGCUGACCAGUCACAGACUCUAUAAAGUGGGUGGGGCACUUCUGCUGAGUGGCGGUCUGUGUCUGCUGGCCGUGGUGCUGAUGUAUCUGAUGUGGGUCCAGGUCCUGGACACUCUGGAGCAGUUCGCCCACCAUCAGAGAGCCUCCUCUUGUCCCUCCUUCCACCUCAGCGUCCAGCACGGCCCUUCAUUCCUCUUCGCUCCGGUCGCCGUCUUCUUCUGCCUGCUGGCCGGCCUCCUCUUCCUCCUGGUCGGCCGCAGCGUUCAGAGGAUACAGAUGGAGAAAAGAGACAGGACUCCUGAACUUACAGACUCUGACGUUUAUGUGUGACUCCCUCCUUAAAUAUGGAGGUUAAAGCAUGGACUCUUCUCAGUAAACACGACCACAUUUGAAGGCACCAUAAAAAUCAGAACAAAUGUUUUUGCAUUUUUCUUCGGGCACAUAUGAGUUGUGGUCACACAGUGUGACUGACAGGUGGUCACUCAAACCGUACGUGUGGAUCUUUCCAUCAGCGAGGAUAAUUGGAAUCCUUCAUUUGAAGUUGGUCAUUACAAAUGAUUUUUCUAACCUAUUAAACAGAUCCCAAUGUGA